UGAGGUAAGUGCUGCUCUAUAUUUAUGAUGCAUUUAAUAAUGAUACCUUUCAUAUGACACCUUUUACUACACAGUUCAUAUGGAAACAAAGAUUGAAAUCGAAAGAUAACACCUCAGCACACACAGGAGAGCAGGAGACAGGAUUGCUGUUUGGCCUGGAUGGGCCUUUUAAUAAAACUAUAACUUAAGUACAAAUCAAAUUACUGUCUCAAAUAGAACAAUUAAUCAUCUAAUAAAACAAACACUCUGAAGAGGUAUGAGCCCCCCUCACGCUGAAUUUGAACAAGGAACGUCAUAUGUCACUGGCUAGCUAGCGUUAGCUAACUAGCAAGAUUACAUACAAUCCAUUCGCUGAAGUUGAUAAUACAAUACUUGGAUUUUCACCAGUGUUCCUCACUUGUUGAGUUAAAAGGAUACCUUUGAAUGUUUCUUUUAAUACUGACAGUGCAGGUCUGAAACAAUUAGUUACCAUGUUAGGUAAUAUCAAGAGCAUGAAAAAAAAAAAAGAGGAAGUCCAUGACCCUCCUCUGGUGUCCACCCCUAUUCCACAGGGUAUUUAACUGUCCAUGCCACUCAAAGGUAAAACAGAGCCUUUGCUACCUGCUGCAUCAGCGUUACUUACUCACACAGUCUGACACAAUGGUCUCUGCAGCACUGCUUCUGGUGCUGUGCAUAUUGCCCUCCCUGGCUCAUGCUUAUUGUUUUAUGUCGAAGGCACCAGAAUUGGUGCAUGCCUGCAGGGAUGGUAAGCUCUUGCACGAGGUAGGGACCACAUGGAGGACUAAGGACUGCAUGGACUGCACCUGCUCUGCCACUGGGAUGAGCUGCUGCUCUGUUGGGCCAUCUUCAAUAUCGUUUCCUGAAGACUGCAUGGAGGUGUAUGACAAGGCAAACUGCCAUCGCUAUGCGGUUAAGAAGAAUGAUAAAUCCAUCAAAUGCAUGAUAACUGGAGCAGUUGGAAAGUGAUGAAUUUGUUGUCACAUCAUUUCAUUAGCAAAUCACACAACUGUAUAAUGAAUUUUGGGUCAUGCUGUGGCAUGUGAUCAAAAAUAAAGAAAUCA